AUGGGAUUACAAUGCUUUCUCUGUUCCUUUUCAAUUUCACACGGAUUUUGCCUCGCGCUCAAGCAGUUCGUUUCGGCCCCAGAUCAAUUCAUGUCCAAACCACUCCCCGUACUACCAAAACCACCGCCAACCAAUUCCUCCUUCACCGAUUUCUCCCAAUUUCAGCCCACUGCUACUGGCCGAUUGCAUUCCACUACUGAACGAUUGCCCACCAUGAAUCAUCAUCAUCCACGGUUGUUCAUGGUUGAUUCCAGCGACGUUGGUGUUUCUCAGGAACCAAUUUUGAAUCUUGAUAGUGAUGAACUUGAGGCUGAAAGUGCGGAUAUUCAAUGUAAUGUGAAUGUUGAAGAUUAUGUUAAUGUUGAAGAUGGAGUGAAUGUGCAGCCCUCUUCAAGCAGUAGUCCGUUAGAGCCAUUCAUUGACUAUGUUUGCACAAGGGAAGGAUUUCGGCGGGUUAGUCGGAAUGUUACAGAUCGAAUACUCCCUGAACCUGCUGAGACAAAAAUUGGAUGUAAAGCAAUAAUGGGAAUAAAGAAAGGUGGUGAAAAGUGGAUAGUCAAUAAGUUUGUGUUUGGACAUAACCAUAUUUUACUUACACCAAGAAGCACUAGUUUUCUUCGGGGACAUAGGGGAGUUACUAAAGUUCAAAAAAAACUUAUUAUGACUUUGAAUGAGUUCGGUGUACCGACAAGGAAGAUAAUGUCAGUGUUGAGUCAAGACUCAGGUAGUGAGUUUAAUGUCGGUUGUAUUGGCAAGGAUGUAGAAAAUUACAUGGGAAGCAAAAGAAGAAAAAUAUUUGAGGGGGAUGCACAAAGGUUGUAUUCCUACUUUCUUGAUCGACAACUCAAAGAACCUAGGUUUGUAUUCUCCAUGCAAGUUGACAAUGAUGAGUGUAUGGGAAGUUGUUUUUGGGCUGAUGCGCGAUCAAGAACUGCAUACCAAUAUUUUGGGGAUGUCGUUACAUUUGAUGACACUUACCUGACGAAUAUUUAUAAGAUGUCGUUUGUGCCAUUCUCUGGAGUUAAUCAUCAUCAUCAGACUAUAAUGUUCAGUUGUGCUUUGUUAGUUAAUGAAACGGCGGAAUCAUAUACAUGGUUAUUGAGAACAUGGCAAGAGGCAAUGCUUGGGCGUGCUCCUACAACAAUAAUUAUUGACGAUGACAAGGCGAUGGCUAAGGCAAUUGUUGAGGUACUCCCGAAUACAACUCAUAGGUUAUGCUUGUGGCACAUCUUACAAAAGUUUCCUGAACACUUGGCCCAUGUAUACAACAAAUUUCUGGAAUUUCAAAAAUAUUUUCGUCAUUACGUCCAUGAGACAAUUACUACUGAUGAGUUCGAGCAAGAAUGGGCUUUGAUUGUGGUGAAGUAUGAGUUAGGAGAGAAUACUUGGCUGCAAAAUCUUUACAGUCGACGGGAUAAAUGGGUACCAGCGUACUUGCGUUCAACAUUUUGUGCCAGUAUGUCAACAACUUAG